AUGAAUAUUGGAAAAUAAGAUCUUGAAAAGAAUGAAUUUUUAGAGAAUAAUAAAGUGAAUUAUAAAAAAGAAUACAAGAAUGUAAUCAAAUUAGGAAGAUGCCUUUUUAUUGUUUAAUUUAUAAUGACUGGUGCUAUUUUAUUAUACUUUGUCUGUUUUUAUUCUUUAUUAUUAUCUGAUAAUUAUUGGUUAGAGAACCAAGAUAAAUUUUACUAUAUCACAAUUGGAUUGUUAUUAGCUGAUUUAAUUGCAUUUAUAUAACAUAUUUUAGCUUUAUUUGCUAUAAUGAAUUAGGAAUAAAACCUAUCCUUAAUAUGCGGAAUGUCUUCAUUAAUAUCAGCAUUUAUAAGAAUUGCUAUGUUUUAUUUUAUGAUUACUCAAACUGAGAUGAAUUACUAUAAAUAAUCUACAUUAGCUACUAUUUUUACUUGCUUAUAAUGUGGAUUCGCAAUAUUGAUCUUUGAAUUAAAAAAUCAAUGGAAACCAAUUCCAUAAAGAAAAUGGAAGAAGUUCUUUCGUUUAAUGAGGUCAAAGAUUCCAAAAAUUAAAUAGAGUGAAAUGUAAAAAUUGUGAUUUCAUAUAAAUUAAUAUAAUAAUAAAAGUUAUUGAUGGCCUCAACCUAAUCAUAAUUUAAUUUCAUUAGGAAACCACUUCCAAAAGCACCUAAUUCUAGAUAAUUUAGUAGAGAAAAAAGUUAACCAAUGUUUAAUCCUAUUACCCCAACUGUAUUAAUGAUGUUUAUAAAUAAAGGCGAAGUUUCGCAUACAUCAUAAUAACUAGUUUUUAAGCAAAGAGAAAAUGUAAAAAACUAGCAAUAACUUUUUUAAUAAUACAGCGGAAAGUACAAAAAUUACAAAAGUUUAGAAUUAAUCUCUUCUUCGAAAACCUGAUGCUGAUUAUAAAUAAUUAAUUUUUGAUAAAGAAGAUAAAGAAGAAGAACUGCAAUUCUAAGCACUUUGUUAAACUUUAGAUAAAAUAUUGUGA